UGGACAUGUCGGGGUAAUCGACGGCGUCGCGAUAUAUAUUUAUCGACUACUUUAGUUUCGAAACGUUGCCAAAUGUUCGUUCCGAAUACGCAAUCUACUAAAACAAUUAUAGAAUUAACUUAAGACGGGUAAAAAUUGAAAAUGCUCGAAUAUUCACGUGGGUAAAUAGACAAAGAUACAAAGAAUUUGAUUAAUUCAACUUUCAAAUUUCGAAAUUCCAUAAAAAACAAUAAAUUUUAAUAUAUUUAAAUCGUUGCGGAUAGUAUUGAUGUUUGAGGAAUUAUUAGAAGUAUUGGCAACGCCGCGGGGAUUGUUCCGAGUACGCAACGCGAUGACGUUUUAUAGAUAUAAAGUGUAGUAGUGUUUAAAGGGAGAAGUGACAUGUAAAAUAUUUAGAAAAUUAGCGUGUAGAAUCACGCCUAUACAUUCCGAUCCAAUAAAAAUAAAAUCUUUAAUAGAACAAACUUAUUUUUCAUCCAAAAAGUCAAUUAUUUAACAGUGCAUAAGUCUAUGAUAUUUUGACUAACGUUUCAAGUGCCUUUGUCUGCUUUUUUAAUCUCAAGAUAUGUACUAAAAGAACGCACACGAUGUUAAUUACUGAAACGAAUAAUGGCCGCGUUUGAAACUACCGGAAGUAACCUAAAUAAUAAAAAAACCAAAACUGAUAUAGAUAAAUUAUAAUUUUUUUAACGGAUUUAAUCAUUUUAAAGUAUAUCGGGAAGUACGAGGGAUUUAAAAUUAAAGAAUAUUCAGUGCUUCCUCAGGGAGGUCGCCAUCAAACUGAAGAAACACAAGCAGGAAUACGAUCUCCUCAUUGUCGAUUACGAACCCGCUCUGAUGGAGAAUUCCGACGCCGAUGACGAAACGGGUUGGAAUUGUAGCGUCCAUCCAAGCGUAUUCUUUCUACUAGGAACUUUAGUAUUGACAACGUGCGCUACCGGAAUGCUUUGCGCCGCCAUAAUGACAGAUCAUUGGGAGGAAGUCACGUGGGAUAAAACGAAUUUGGAUACGUUGGCCAACAAAACGGUUACCGUUCAUUGGUUACUUGAUAAAACUGUAGCUAGAAUAGCUACAAACGACAGGGAUAGAACUAUAGCUUUUUUGGUACCGAUGCACGGGGGUAUUUGGACUUUAUGCGUCAGUUUAACCGAGGAGGAAAUCGGAUUACUGGGUAGAGUCGGUUUUCCGGCGGUAAAAUCGUGCGUGAAUUAUUUAUCCGGCGGUAUAGAUGGCGUUAGAGGUUAUGAAUCGCGAGCGGAUUGGCAACACAGGAUGCAAAAUUUAUCUAUAUCGUGUGCGCUAGUAUGUUUGAUAGUGCUAGGUAGCGCUGCGCUGGUGGGAGCUUUCGGGGUCUUCCAACAUCAAAUAAGUGCCGUGUUAGUUACGGGAGUCAUGUAUUUGCUAGCAGCAUCGUUUGCUCUUUUCACAUUGACCAUUAUCCACUUCAAGAGGCUCCACAAUCGGCCUCAUAUGGAAGAAUCUGAAGGUACGGUCGACGGGGUGAUAAGUCCGACUGGGGUUAGGGGUGUAAAAGACUUAUUACCGGCUAGGGUGUUCACUACGUCGUGGUCGCUAGAUUUGGGAUGGGGUGGAGUCAUGUUGUGCGUGAUGACGUCGGUAUUGUGGAUAUUAUUAUCUAAAAUUAUGAGAUUCAAUCCUAUAUCCAGUAUGAUCAAUUAAAUACAUUCUUCUAACCAUAAAAA